AUGGGCAUCGGUCCCCUUGUUGCGGCCGUGCAUUGGCUCGCCCGUCAUCGAGGUGCAAAUCAGCCGCGCGACCCCGAGAAGGCAGCGCCACCACCAACCCCGCCGCAGAAUGGCACGGCGGCCAACGAAGGCGCCGUAGACCCGCUGGAACCCGAGCGUCAAGACGACGGGGGCGAAUAUCCGAAUACCCAUCGUUCACGGCGAUCCUUCAGGUGGAAUACCCUCUCAGCUUCCAGCAUCUCGACCACCUCGACCAGCCAGCCUCUGCUCACGAAAGUCAAGGCUUUCCUGUUCCCACGAGAUACUCGUCCCGCUGAAUAUGAGCGGUUCGUUCCCAAUUAUCGCUACUCCCCUAUAAUCUCUGGCAUCAUCAUCCCGUUUUCGAUUCUUCUUGAAAUCCCUGGCUUGACCGAACGAUGGUAUGUCCAAACGGAGAAUGGACGGACGAUCAGCACGCGCCCAAACACGCCCAUUUUGAAAGCCGGAAUGGGAAUUUCUAUUGGCUGUGCGAUUCUAGCCAAUAUAUGUCUCAUCCUGAGGUUCUCGGAGAAGUGGGUCAAGCAAACCACGUUGUUGUGUAUAUUUUUCCUCACUGUCCACGACGCUAUCAACAUCACCGCCGUGACCGUCUUCGGCGUUGUGCAUCGCAAGGAUGACGGUUACACCUAUGGAGAGUCUUUUUGGAUGACGCUCUGUUCAACAAUCGCUUCUACAAUCACCAAUCUCAAUCUCAUCAUAGACUACAUCCGAAUCCCUGACUUUGCGAAUUCUGGGAGCGGAUUGACACGCAAGCAACGGUCGCUGGUCGUUCUUGUCAUAAUCCUUCUAAUGUACAUCGCCAUCGGCGCACUCAUCAGCUCGGAGCUGAUGUCGCUCACCUACAUCGACGGUCUCUUCUUCGUCACCGUCUCCAUCGAGACCAUCGGGUUCGGCGACAUCGUUCCUUACUCUACCGGCGCGCGUGUGUUUACGUGCUUCUACAUCGCGUUCGGCAUAAUCAUCCUCGGCAUUGUGAUCUCCCUGACGCGCGACACCCUCCUCGAGGGCUUCGAGGUCGGCUACCGGAAGCGGCUGCGAGGCCUGCGUGCGCGGAGGCGCGAGGCACGGCGCUUCCGCCGAUGGCAGGCACGCUGGCGUGACGCCGUCGAGUGGCGGCUGCGCGCGCAGGGCUCGCCGGUGUGGAUCCCGGACUCGGAGUGGCAGCAUCAGGUACACAACAUCAGGUUCGUUGGCCUCGGGGGCGCUACGGCGUCGGGAGCGGAAGCGGGCAAGGACAGUUGGUUCAGGCGAUUUCUGCGGGUGACUAGGCUGCGCAAGGAUGAUUCAGGGGACCCGUCGGAGCGCAAGGUCUCACGUGUCCCAGGACAUCCGUUCGGGAAACACCUGAACAUCGAUGCGCUCUCGUGUGAACAGCUGCAAGAAGCGUCAUUGGAGGCGGGCGUCCCUCUCGGUAUGAUUGUCGAGUUCAUCCCACCGCGCCCCAUCGCGCGGGAUAGGAGUCUUUCAAGUGGCGGAGGACUGCUCACUGGGGAUGGGUGGCCUGCGGAAGCGUCAACACCGACGGACGCACAGCUCGGGCGGAUGGCAUCGGUGCUCACGAAGACGGCACUGGCUGUCAGCGGACGACAUGCUCACGCACCAGGGCCCUCUGCCCAGGCUCAACGUGCGGUGGUCAGUGGCACUGUUGGAGAUCAGGAUGCUCAGCAUGGGAUACCGCGCGAACACCAGGAACAUAAUCCAGAUCCGGUGAGGCGGUCCUCGAGCGAGAAGCAAGCGCAGGGAAAAAAUGCGAUACCUAAGUGGGCCCGUAGGGAGAUGGAAGAGGAGCAGAAGAAUGCUAACAUGGUCAAGCUUGCAGGAGCGUGGACCGUCUUCCUGCUGUUCUGGUUUGUCGGCGCCGCGAUUUUCAGUGCAACGGAAAAUUGGACUUAUGGUGUAGGAUUGUACUUUUGCUUUAUUUCUUUCUGCACAACGGGUUAUGGUGACUACGCCCCGGCGUCGCCCGCAGGGCGUUCAAUUUUUGUCGUCUGGGCGUUGUUCGGUGUCGGGGCACUGACGAUCCUUGCGGCUGUCAUCGAGGAUGCUGGUUCGUCACGAUACCGGAACAUCAUGCAUUCCCGAGUAUUUGACAAAGCAGUCGAGAAAUACCGGAAGCAUGCGCUACGGGCCGCAUCCGAGGCCUCUCACGCAGAAUACCAGCGGCAGCGUACCGAUGCGAACACUCAAACGAACGGAGAAGCCGUCAGGGGUGGAGAAGCUGACGCCAAUCCGGAUGAAAUUACUGCCCAUGACGCCGCAUCGAAGGUGCAAGAGGCGCACGCUGCAGCGCAGCGAGAGCUGGAGGCACUUCCGCAAGAGAUUCUUAAACAAGCUCGGACAUUCCACGAUUAUAUUCAGUAUUUCGCCCAGGGUCGCGAUCGUGAUGAUGAGGACCUUCCUGGCGAAGGCGGGCAGGUUAAUGUACCGAAAGAGCUGAAGAAGCUUCUUAAUGAGAUCUUGGAAGCGGAGGUCGUAGGAGAUAGGAUGAAGAGAGAGAUCUUGCAGGACGAUGAUGUUAAACAGACGCUAUUCAUGUUGAGCAUUGAGCGUGCUCUGAAGAGGAUGAUUCAGUCAGCUGAUCGGGCACUGAUGGCGAUCAAAGAGCGCGAUGCUCUGAUCGCCACGCACGAGGAACAGAAGUCCACGACCGCCGCAGGCAGCUCCGCAAACGAAAGCAUACACGACGUUAUCAAGACCACUCAGACCGGGCUUCAGGAUGAGGAGGAAGCGACGGCGGAGCUCCCGAUCCCCGACUCAUCGCCUUCAUCUUCGAUUCCGUCUUCAGAGUCAUCUCGUGAAGAGCUUUCUACGGAUGACCUUUCCAGCUCCGAAUCGUCGACGUCAGAAGAACGGACAGGGUCGACGGCUGUUCAGGAUCAUGCGACUGAUCUUGAAAGGGUAUGA